CAACAUCUAUAUAAUCACCUCUAUACUUGAACCCUUACUUUGCUAUACAUUCCUUUUUUUGAUUUGUUGCCAAUUUGUUAUCCAUGGCUUCCGAAACUUGUUCCCCUUCUAACAAGUUGAGAUUCCUCCUAGGAAUGGUUUUAUUUCUUCUUAUGAAUAUGACCACUGCCCAGUUGUCCUCUACCUUUUAUUCAACAACAUGCCCUAAAGCACUUGCCACCAUUAAAUCAGCAGUCAACUCUGCUGUGUCCAAUGAAGCUCGCAUGGGGGCUUCUUUGCUUCGUCUUCAUUUCCACGAUUGCUUUGUCAAUGGAUGCGAUGGAUCCAUACUGUUGGAUGAUACAGCAAAUAUGACAGGAGAAAAAACAGCUGUUCCAAACAGCAAUUCAGUCAGGGGAUUUGAAGUUAUUGAUACCAUCAAAUCUCAGGUGGAGAGUUUGUGCCCUGGAGUUGUUUCUUGUGCUGAUAUUGUUGCAGUUGCUGCUCGUGAUUCUGUUGUUGCUCUUGGAGGGCCUAGUUGGACAGUUCUUUUGGGUAGAAGAGAUUCAACCACUGCAAGCUUGAGUGCUGCUAAUUCCAACAUCCCUGCGCCAACUUUGAAUCUUAGUGGUCUCAUCACUGCUUUUUCAAACAAAGGUUUCACUGCUAAAGAAAUGGUAGCCCUCUCAGGAUCUCACACCAUCGGACAAGCCAGGUGCACCACUUUCCGGACAAGAAUCUACAAUGAAACCAACAUCGACUCCACCUUCGCGACAUCGUUAAGAGCGAACUGCCCUAGCACUGGUGGAGACAACAGCCUGUCCCCACUGGAUACCACAAGCUCCACAUCAUUUGACAAUGCAUAUUUCAAGAAUUUGCAGGGGCAGAAAGGGUUAUUACACUCUGAUCAACAACUAUUUAGUGGGGGUUCCACAGAUUCUCAGGUUAAUGCUUAUAGUUCCAACUUGGGAUCUUUCACCACAGAUUUUGCUAAUGCGAUGGUAAAGAUGGGAAACCUUAGCCCACUCACUGGAACAAGCGGUCAAAUCAGAACGAAUUGCAGGAAAACCAAUUGAAUCCCCCCCUGCCCCUUUUUUGUUUAUAUUCCCCAUUUUGUAUACUUUACUAUUUAUCGGAAUAAAUGCAUAAUUUAAUGCUGUUCUCGUGA